CAUAUAACAGCGAUAUUUUGCUGAGGUAUUUGGUUGCUUUGUGGUGAAUUUGCUCGUUGCAGUGGCAUGUUAGCCCGUUUUUCUACAUUCUUGUCUUCGCUUAUCGCCUGCGGCGGUUUAAAAUGUAAUGGCGCCUGUACACAGUGGUUUACGGGCACGAGCUGAAGUUGUAUUUUUACAGUGAGAGGCUGAAAGGAAAAAGCUAAUGCUUCAAACAUCGCGGAGCAGAGUCUGAGCAUCUCUUCCAGACAAGUGGACCAGGCUGGAUAGCAAAGUGUAGUAAUACAUGAUAGUUUGUGUCUUUGCGGGGACUCGGAGCUGUCUGAAAGUCUAAGAUGCCCUAGGCGGGGAGAAGGGAAAUGUAAAUGGCUUCCAAAGUAAAAGAUGCCGUGGUGUGGUACCAGAAAAAGAUUGGCGCCUAUGACCAACAGAUAUGGGAGAAAUCAGUAGAGCAGCGAGAAAUAAAGUUUAUUUCUCUGGGCUUGAGGAACAAGCCAAAGAAGACAGGACAUGUCAAACCUGACCUUAUAGACGUGGACUUGGUUAGAGGUUCGGCCUUUGCAAAGGCCAAGCCAGAGAGUCCGUGGACGUCCCUGACUCGGAAGGGCCUGGUCCGAGUGGUCUGCUUCCCCUUCUUUUAUCGAUGGUGGAUCCAGGUCACCUCCAGAACCAUUUUCCUCUUACUGCUGGCUCUCUACCUGCUGCAAGCGGCAGCAGCAGUCCUGUAUGUGAUCAUCCCACAGCCUCAUGGGAUACCAACCACCGAAGUGUUUGGAGCCAUCUGGCUCAUGUUGCUGCUCGGCACCGUCCACUGUCAGAUCGUCUCCACCAGGACGCCCAAACCUGCCUCCAGCAGCGGGGGGAAGAGACGCAGGAAGUUGAGGAAGGCCUCUCAGAUGGAGGUGCAUAGGGAAGGCGACGGGUCUAGCACUACCGAUAACACACAGGAGGGGGCGCCACACUCCCACUCAGCCAGCAGCACAUACAGCCUGGGCACUCUCUUCCAAGAUUUCUGGCAUGAUAUCUGUAAAGCUGGAUCUAAAAAGUCCAAGCUGUCCAUCGACAAGUCCACAGAGACGGACAACGGCUACGUGUCGCUGGACGGCCGGGUGACCAAUCGCAGCAGCGAGGAGGGGCUUCAGCUCCAUGAGCAGCGAUGCGAUUCGCUGAACAGGACUGACGAGGCCUGCUGGACCUCUGUGGUCCCGCCCGUGCACACUCAGCCCCCCCUUAGCACGGGGCUGAUACUGGCCAGCAGCAACAAGGAGCCAGCUUCAGACGAGGCGUCCAGUGAGGAGGACCCUGAGGCGUCCUACAGAGCUCUCCGAAGGGGGGUGGAAAGAAUGAACAGCGACUGUACGCUCAGAAACCGCAAGAAUACACACCACUACAAAAAACACUACGCUGUGGAGGACGUCCCCAAGUCUGGCACCAGCUGCAGUUCCAGAUGUUCCAGUCUGAGGACUCAGGACUCGGAGAGCACUCGACACGAGUCAGAGACAGAGGACCUGAUGUGGGAGGACUUCCUGCACUGUGCCGAGUGCAGGUCCUCCUGCACCUCAGAGACAGAGGGAGAAGGGGGAGGGACGCCCGUCUGCCCCCCGGCUAAAAAGGAAUACAGAGACGACCCUUUCCAUCAGGGUCACUCCCCCUGGCUGCACAGCUCUCACCCCGGGCUGGAGAGAGUGAGCGCCAUAGUGUGGGAGGGGAACGACUGUAAGAAGGCUGACAUGUCUGUCCUGGAGAUCAGCGGCAUGAUCAUGAACAAAGUGAAUCUCUUCACUCCUGGUAUUGGUUACCAGGUCUUUGGGAACCUGGUGUCAGUGACGCUUGGCCUCACACCUUUUGCAUACAGGCUGGCUCAGUACCGGGACCUGGAUCAGCUGACGUCUCUCUCAGCCAAUGAGCUGCUGUCUGUGGCUCUGGGGGGCGGAACUGGAUCAGAUGCCUUAGUGAUCACCAUGGUAACACUCAGCUUCCUUGUGCGCGUCUGCCUUAUAUGGCUCUUCUUCUUCCUGCUCAGCGUGGCAGAGAGGACUUACAAACAGAGGCUACUGUUUGCCAAGCUGUUUGGUCACCUGACUUCAGCCCGCAGAGCCAGGAAGUCUGAAGUCCCUCACUUUAGGCUGAAGAAAGUCCAGAACAUCAAGAUGUGGCUGUCGCUACGCUCCUACCUCAAGAGGCGGGGUCCUCAGCGCUCGGUGGAUGUGAUCGUGUCGUCGGCCUUCCUGCUCACUCUGUCUGUCGUCUUCAUCUGCUGCGCACAGCUGCUGCACGUCCACGAGACCUUCCUGGAGUGUCACUAUAACUGGGAGCUGGUGAUCUGGUGCUCCAGUCUGUCUCUGUUCCUGCUCAGGUUCGUCACGCUGGGCUCUGAGACCAGCAAGAAGUACAGCAACACCUCCAUCCUGCUCACUGAACAGAUCAACCUGUAUCUGAAAAUGGAGAAGAAGCCAAACAAGAAGGAGGAGCUGACCCUGGUGAACAACGUGUUGAAACUGGCCACCAAACUGCUCAAG